AUGGCAAACUUUGCAUUGAAGAACUUCACUGCACUCUCAGAUCUGCAUCCAAAUAUGGCUAAUCUGAAAAUAAUCGGUAUAGUUAUUGGGAAAACAGAUGUCAAAGGCUUUCCAGACAGAAAAAAUAUUGGGUCAGAAAGGUACACUUUCAGUUUCACCAUUCGUGAUUCACCAACGCAUUUUAUAAACGCAACAUCCUGGGGCAAUGAAGAUUAUAUCAGAUCACUUUCUGACAGCUUUAGGGUUGGUGAGUGUGUGAUAAUUGAAAAUCCCUUGAUCCAAAGAAAGGAAUUAGAAAGAGAAGAAAAAUUCAGCCCUGAAACUCCUAGUGACUGUAAACUAUUGCUCAGUGGAGAUCACUCAACAGUAAAAGUUUGUUCCAGUUAUGAAGUGGACACCAAGUUACUUUCUUUGAUACACUUACCCGUUAAAGAAUCUCGGGAUUAUUAUUCAUUGGGUGAUAUUAUUGCAAAUGGACACAGUCUUGAAGGGAGAAUUAUUAAUGUGCUUGCAGCUGUGAAGUCGGUUGGAGAGCCAAAAUACUUUACAACUUCAGAUCGAAGAAAAGGCCAGAGGUGUGAAGUUAAACUCUAUGAUGAGACGGAGUCUACUUUUGCAAUGAUAUGUUGGGAUAAUGAAUCCAUUCUACUUGCACAGAGCUGGGUGCCACGAGAAACAGUAAUAUUUGCCUCAGAUGUAAGAAUAAAUUUUGACAAAUUUCGAAACUGCAUGGCAGCAACUGUAAUCUCAAAAACCAUUAUUACAACUAACCCAGAGACACCAGAAGCUAACAUCUUAUUGAAUUUUAUAAGAGUAAAUAAAGAAACAAAUCCUCAGGAUGAUGCAAUUGACAGUUAUUUGGAAGAAUCCAUAAAUUUAAAUACAAUAGUUGAUGUCUAUACAGUUAAACAAUUAAAGGUAAAAGCUUUGAAGAAUGAAGGAAAACAUCCUUUUUAUGGCAUUCUUUAUGCUUACAUUUCUACACUGAACAUUGAUGGUGAAACUACAAAAGUAGUUCGAAAUAGAUGUUCAAGCUGUGGUUACAUUGUAAAUGAAGCAUCCAGCAUUUGUACAACUUGCAACAAAGAUUCUUCGAAGUUUAAAUCCGUUUUUCUCAGCUUUGAUAUGCUAAUUGAUCUUACUGACCACACAGGUACCCUCCAUUCCUGUAGUCUCACAGGAAGUGUUGCUGAGGAGACUUUGGGCUGCACGGUAAAUGAGUUUCUUGCAAUGACGGAUGAACAGAAAACAGCAUUAAAGUGGCAAUUUCUUUUGGAAAGAAGCAAGAUUUAUUUAAAAGUUUUUUUGUCAGACAGAGCCAGGGGUAGAUUGAAAAUUAGUGUGAUCUCAUGUAAGUUUGCAGAUCCUGUUGAGGCAAGUAGGAACUUGUCUGGACAAGGAAAUAUUUAA